AUGAGGUGGGGGGAAUUGCUCAAAUGUGGACAGCGAGGCACCGCACAGUGCUGUUUCCGUACGAAGGAGCAUCGUCAAUUCCCAGCACUGGGGGUCCUACGAUUUUUGUUGUCCUGCAGUGUUCUUCUGUACAACUUCUACCCAUGGUCAACUGCCGCUGUGAAGCGCCUGUGCAGCGCAAGCCCAACGAUGGAUGCGCAGCUGCGCGGGGCAAGACGGGCCACCCAGACAGAUAUCAGUCAGUGUGGCAUCCUAGGACAUGCUAAGAAUGAUGGUACCCGCAUCAUGCACGGCAAAAGUGCCACCCAGUGUACUUGGAGGUGGCAGGUUAGCCUGCAUGAUUUUCGCAAGAAAAACACCACCAAGUCCAGCCACUUCUGUGGCGGGACCUUAAUUGAUCGCAAAUGGGUUUUGACAGCUGCACACUGCGUUGGCUCCUUCUCCCAGUGUGACCUGAGAUUCGUUCGGGUCAUUGCGGGAGCUUGGAAGCACAGUUCAGAGUCCAGAUUGCGGGAGGGAACCUCGGCAGAGCGUGGCGUCGUCCGCGUGCACAAGCACCCAAGGUACGGCCAUGCUGCGCCCUCCGACUAUGACUUCGCGCUUGUAGAGUUGGACGAGCAGCUUCCCAUCAAUGAAUGCAUCGGUGUAGCAUGCCUGCCCCCCGCAGGGCACGUUGAGGACAGUGCUCAAGCACCAUGGGCCCAGGCUUGCAGCAUCACAGGCUGGGGUGCCUCUCAGGAUGCAGGAGGGGCACCUAGCACCCUGCAAGAGGGCUCAGUGUCUGCGCUGUCCCAUGAAGCUUGCGUCAAGGAUUACGCCGCGCACAAUGCAACCAUCACCCCUUCCAUGCUUUGUGCAUCGGGCAAGACAGACGCAGGAAUCACGGACGCGUGCUACGGGGAUAGUGGUGGACCACUGGUCUGCAAGGAAGACGACCGUUAUGUAGUCCGUGGCAUCACGUCCUGGGGUUUGGGCUGCGCUUCGGAGAAAUUUCCUGGAGUGUACAGUCGCGUAACGGAAGCCUUGGGUUGGAUCCACGAAACAAUGGCUGGUGGCGCAAAUUCCGCUUCAGCUCCUGUUGAGUUCCAUGGUGCUAUGUGGACCGUCACAACUGGGCCAUGCACAAUGGACUCUGCAAAGUGCAUCCUCAGUCCAGGUUUCCCAGCAAAUUAUUCCAUCAACUCCUAUUGCUUCAUCCGUGUCAAUGCUUCCUCGGCAGUUCCAAUUCGAGUCGAGGAGUUUGCUACCGACGUGUUAACGUCUAUAGUUGGCAUGCAGGGUGUAUUGGCUUCACCCGGCCGCCGAGCCAAGUUGCAGCUACAUUUCCUUGAAAGUAUUGGUGUUUCGCAGAACGACAGCAUCUCCACGCUGUCAAGUUGGGGGCUGUUGGCUGCCCCGUUGCCGGAAGCGCACCAAGAUGGCCAGAGGAUCAUGGAGCUGAGGUUUUUCACGCUGAGCGGGUUCUGCCACAGCUACUCCAAGCUAACAGGGUACAAGGUGUGUUGGACACCCGAGACGUCCUCAGAGGUGCACGCCAAGGUGGCCAAGCGUUUGGUCGACUGCCUGCGCCGCAACGAGGGCCUGUACGUGAAGUUCGGACAAGCCAUGUCAACUAUGGAUGUGAUCCUGCCAGACGAGUACAAGUCUGAACUCAAAACCUUGCAUGACCAAGCGGCAACGUUUGAGUUUCAAGAGGUCAGGAGAGUCAUCGAAUCACAGCUCGGCCGCACUUUGAACGAUAUGUUUUCAGAGUUUGAGGAGAGACCCAUUGCUUCUGCGAGCAUUGCACAAGUUCACCGUGCCAAGCUUCGACCCGAAUUUGCGGAGGGCAAUGGCAAGGAGUCUUUGGAUGUUGCUGUUAAGGUUCAGAAGCCAAACAUUCCGGCGCAGAAUGGAUGCGACCUUGCUGUCUACAAACUGGUUCUCACAGUCUUGGAAUAUGCAUUCGACUUGCCAAUGGUGUGGACGUAUGGCUAUACGCGGCAACAGCUGGAGGCGGAGCUGGACUUCCGGAUCGAGGCAAAGCACGCCCAACAAGCGGCUGCUGAGUUGGAUGCAUGCAGCCAAUUUCACGGGAAGGUCGUCGUGCCCGCUGUUCAGGAGCAGGUUUCUGGACAGCGGGUCAUGGUAAUGGAGUGGGUGGACUCACUGGGCCCUGCUAGCGACAGCCUCGCUCUACAGAAAGCAGGGCUCAGGCCUGCUGACGUGAUGCGGAUGGCGACAGAAGUAUUUGGAUAUCAGAUUUUCACCACUGGCCACGUACAUUGCGAUCCACAUCCGGGCAACUUGCUGGUGCGCUUGGCUCCUGCAGGGAGCCCCCAGAAGUGGCAGUUGGUCCUACUGGAUCAUGGACUCUAUUGUGAGCUGAACCCGACAUUGCGCCGUGACUACGCAGAUUUCUGGGUGGCAGCUGCACUUGGAGAUACUCAGUCAACGGUCCGCAUUUGCAGUAAUUGGGGCAUUGCGGAUCAAGAUGCUGCAGAGCUCUUCGCCUCGCUUACGCAGUUCCGACGUGUGCGCUUGGGGGCGCAGAGCCUGGAUGCCAUGGCCUCCUUGUUCGGCUCGCAGCAGAAAAGGAAGGCUGAUGUUAUGCCUCAUGCGCCUAAGAAGAUGACGGCAAAAGCAAUGGCUGAAGCACAGCAGAAGCUGAAGGCUCGUGCGAAGAAGGUAUUGGGCGAUACGGCAGCCUUUCCCAGGGAGUUGCUUUUCGUCGGCCGGAGCCUGAACAUGAUCCGUUCGGCCAACUUCGCAUUGGGCUCUGCCGUGAAUCGUGUGGCUAUCUUGGCAGAGUGUGCCGCUGCAGGCGCCUCACUCCGGGGUGGGUCUUUGGCUUCACGGCGCGUGGCCGUGUGGAACUUCCAUUUCCGAGUUCAGAGCCUCCUGUUUCUCAGCAAGCUCUUUCAGCUUUGGCAGGGCCUAAGCAGCUUCUGGCUUGCUCCAGCAGUGCUUGGCGUCAUGGGCCUCCUACUGCCAGCUGCGGCAAGCAGAACAGCCGAUGCCUUAGUUGCCCCGCAGUAG